AUGUAUGAUGAUGUUAUCGAGGUGAGGAUGUUAAAUGAACAAUUUGAAGAAUACUCUGACCACAUUUUGAGUAUUAAACAAGAGACAGAAGAUUGUUUGGAAGCGCUUAGUUUAGUAUGGACGUAUCUGGAAACAGAUGAUGAUUUUCAGCAAUGGCUAAGACAGUCCGAAGAUAAGGAGCGCUUGCCUCCUAAUACAGUGCAAACCCUACGAGCUCUUCAUAGACUUCAGGAGCUGUUGAAAGUAGAAUCUGAGAAAGUGUACGGAACGUUUCAAUACCAUUUAUCCGCUAAUCCAUAUCAUAUUCUUGGGCGCUUACAAUAUACGACCGCAAACCGGGAUAAAGCACAAUACAAGUCUCUGUUGAACCUACAACAAAAGCAACACUAUACCGAUUUGUCUGAUACACCCAUAUAUUCUAUGGAUAUUGAUAUCACACCAGACUAUAUAUGUGUACUUCGCGAAUUGGCUUCUAUAUUUGUGUGCAGUAUUGCCGGACAAAUCGCCAUCUAUCAUAUAUUAAGUGCAACAAAGUUAUUCUGUCGACGAAAAUUUCAGUUACAGAACGCAACGAAUAUUAGUAGCUUGACAGUAACUCAUUUAUAUAUAAUUAUAUUUGAAAAAGAUGGAGACAGCUUGUCGUUCUAUUCACAUUUCGGUGAUCUACUGCGUGAGUAUGACGUUAAACCAAGGGGGAAAAGGCGGCUCCGGGAGCUUUCCGGAGCCGCUGAAAUGCUUUCCGGAGCUUAA